AAUCCAUAUUACAACAUGCGUGUCUUGUAUUACGCCAACAAACGCAUUCAAUCGCUCUCUCAACUCUUCAUGGCUUGUCUCGACUCCAAUAUCAAUCCAUACCCAUCCAACCGCGCUCUCGAUGCCCUCGAACUCGCCGACAUUGUUCGCGGCCCCAGCCCUUACUCCAUGCCUAGGGGCAACAAACGCAGUCUAUCGCUUCCCCUCGACGGCGUCGUCGGCGAUACCAUACUUCCCGAACUUCAACUCGAGUCGGUGGAGCCUGUGCCGAGGUCCCCUACGCCGGUACCGGAAGAAACCAACAUCGAACGAACUCGUCGAACGAGGAGCCGGAGCCGUAGCUGCUCUGCGGCGGCUACGACGUCAUUGUAUCCUCUUCCGUCCAUCGCCGAAGAAGUCUCCGAAUUCGCGUCGAACGUGGCUACUAUGCCCUCGGAGGAUGUCAUGUGUUCCGCCUCUUCUACGUCCUCGUCCUUCAUCGUCCUAUCCUCUCUCAGUACCGACGACACCCCCAGCCUCCUGAAUCAAGAUCUUAUGCUCCUUCCCUCCGCCUCCGCCACAUCCUCUACCUCGUCUGGUUCCUUCUCUAACGACCCUUUCUCCCUCUCGCUUCGUCGGCCUGUGCCCUACGUCUCUGUCCCUGUUCCCACGACCCCCGCUCCGCCCCCGCUCUACUCCUUCGCGGCUUCGACUGGGACUUCGUCCAACUCGUCCAACUCUUCUAACUCCUCCGGCGGCGACCUCGAGAUUCUCACCCCGACUAGCAGCCCCCUCUUCCACAGUCCUGGUCGGCUUGGUCUAGGUCUAGGUCUCGGGGCUGGACUCGUUAACGGAGGCGUCCACGGACAGGGAUUAGGAGUUCACGGCCUCUACAAAGACUCUGGCGAAGCGUUCGACGGACUAGGACUCGUUCCGCGUACACCCUUACAUCUGCGCUUACGAUCCAGCUCGCAUUCGUCGGAAUCGUCUUCUUCCAGCAGCGGUGGCGGUUCUAUCUCCAGCUCGCCACCCAAGCCACCUACACGUAUCUUCCUCGAAGAGAUCUUGGCGACGUUCUCCGAUUCUGUCCUCCUUUCGUCUUCUGCUGCUACUGCUGCUCGCCCUCAGGCCAUGCCUCUCACGCCUUCGAACUCCGAGUCGACUUGCGAUAUUUUUAUCGCUUCUCAUACUCCGUCUCGUGUGCAGGACGCUGGUGGUAACACCAGUAGAUCGCCCAUCGCUUCGCGUGGCGCCUUAUUCGCGAGCUCGCCAUCGACGGUCAAGGUUCGCUCAGGUCUUCUUCAGGUACACGGCUUGUGCGAAGCCCUCGAUUUUUGUGAGGAUUCGGAGGAGAGGAGUCGGUCGUAUAGUGUGUCGAGCGGGAGUUCGGUUGGGAGGUCACCGAGUGCUGGGAACGAGAGGGGUCAGGGGGUCAGGAUGGUUGGGAUUGGGAGGGGGUCGGGGUCCUUGAGGAGGGAAACGGUGGCGAGUCGGGCGAGGGGGUCUGGGAGGCCGAGAAGUAUGGGUGAGUGUGUGGGUGGCGAUGGAGUGGUGAGGCCUACGUGGAGGUAUUAAGUUCGAUGGG